AAAAAUCAUGACAGAAAAUAACAACACAAACACCAGGCUAUCAAAUUUCUUAAACUCAGGAAUUUACCGUUUCGAAGAUGAUUCAAAUGCUAUAAUAUUUAUGGAUCCAGUUCGAGUCCUUAACAAUUUUUACACACAUUUUAGGGUUAAUCCAUCUUUUUACUACUCUCGUUUAUUCACUCCUCCUUCCGAAAAUCCCAAAAAACGAAAACGCAAACAUAAAAAACCUCACACGCUUAAUGCACGUGAAAAAGCUGCUGAUGCACGCCACCAGAAUGCUAAACCGUAUUUGAUAAAGGCGCAUGAAUGUUUGCUUAAAACGAACGAUGUUUUGCUAUAUUUGAAAAAUGAUGAUGAUGAGUAUGCAACGGCUAACGGUGGACGGUCUGUGAACGAUGAGCAUUCGUUUGUUGAGCUUGGGAGUGUUUGGCAAGCUCCAUUGUAUGAAAUUUCAUUGUAUCAGAAUGACGUGCCGAAGGAAGGUCGGCUAUCUGUUCAAAGUUGUGAAAGAAAAAUUAUUCCAGCAUUUGGGAGCUUGGUUGCUAAUGAGACUAAUAGUGAUAUGGAGGCUGAUUUUUUGAGUCGCCAAUACAUAAUACCCAAACAGAGCUCAUUCUACAUGUCUGAUUUGAAGCAGAUUCAUGGCCUGAUCCCUGUGCAAGGUGACUGUGGAUUUAAUCUUAUUGUGAUUGAUCCACCUUGGGAAAAUAGCAGUGCUUCCCAAAAGUUGAAGUACCCAACUUUGCCCAAUAGAUACUUCUUGUCUCUACCUAUUAGGAGACUAGCUCAAACUGACGGAGCAUUGGUAGCUCUGUGGGUUACCAAUAAGGAGAAAUUAAGAAUAUUUGUUGAAAAAGAAUUAUUUCCAAAAUGGGGAGUCAAGUACAUGGCAACUCAUUAUUGGUUGAAGGUGAAGGCAGAUGGUUCUUUAAUUGGUGACUUGGAUCUGUUUCAUCAUAGACCAUAUGAAUGUCUUGUUCUUGGUUACUGUUAUGCACAGACUGAGGACUCCGAGUGUUCUUCGAAAGUUAAAUUUAUUCCGGAUAGUCAAGUCCUCAUAAGUGUCCCUGGAGAUUAUUCAAGGAAGCCCCCAGUUGGAGAUUUGCUACAGGAGUACAUACCUGGAUCAAAGCCUGCUCGUUGUAUUGAACUUUUUGCUAGAGAAUUGUUAUCUGGAUGGACAUCUUGGGGGAAUGAGCCACUUCAUUUUCAAGAUUCAAGAUACUUUUCCAGGACAGGCCAACAAAGCUUUUCUUAAGAAAUUUUUGGCUCUCAGCAUUGUGAUAUCCGAUUGAUCUACUCGACAGUUUCCUUAUGUAUGUAAUCACCUUUGACGCUACCUUUCCUUCCAUAGAAUUGGCAACUUCGACCCAUUAAAUAAAGAAUAGGUUCUCAAUUCUGGGAAGCAGAUUUGGACUAAAAGGUGAAAAAAGCAGAUUGUUUACAAGGUGAAUGAGAAUGCAAGACAUUAGUUGCAGAGAAUUAGUCAUCUGGAGAUUGGAGGCCAUGUUUGCAUCCACUAGAACGGAAUUGUAUUAUUGGGUGCCAAAGGGAGGCAUGAUUUACAGUUAAAUAGCAUAAAAGGCGUGCAUAGCAGUUCGUUAGGAUUACAAGUAAACAUGUAGUACCAUUUAGCCAACACAAAAUUCUAGAUGUUGACUUUUUGUUUCAGUGCGAAUGCCAUAUUUUUUUACGCGUAUAUUGAAAGCAAUAACUUCAUAUAAA